UCUAGAAUGGUGGACAUUGAAAUUAUAUCUGAGAGUGACAACGAGGAUGACGAGGAAGAAGAAACAACACACGAAGACUUUGGUGAUGGCGAAAAGAAUGAAAUUCCAGGAAGAAUCGAAGAACCCAAUACGCAGAAUAUGGAGAAUUCAUCGAUGCAAGAACCUGAAGACGAAAACGAUCUAGAAACGCUAUGGGAACACCAGGAUUUGAUAGAACAACUAAAGAUGGAACUGAAGAAAGUUAGAGCUACAGGGCUUCCCACCAUAUUAGAAGAAUCAGAAUCUCCAAGGGUUAUGGAAGAUCUGAAACCAUGGAAGAUCGAUGAGAAGUUCUUGCACGAAGAUCGAAUUAACGAGCUGCACAAAUUCUACAAGAGCUACAGAGAGAGAAUGCGAAAAUUCGAUAUCUUGAAUUACCAGAAGAUGUACGCAAUAGGAUUUCUCCAGUUGAAGGACCCACUACAGUCAAUUUCCAAUAGAAAAUCUUCAAUCCCGGGACUCACAAACAUCUUAUCAAACAAUUUCUCACUGGGCAAAUCUCAAACAGCAAAAGUGGACCCAACUGUAAAGUUCAUGGAAGAGUUGCAGAAUGAUUUGGAAAUGGUGUACGUGGGACAUAUGUGCCUUUCUUGGGAAAUCCUUCACUGGCAAUUCGGCAAAUCCCAAGAGUUGCAGGAAUCUGACACUUAUGGCUUCCAUAGAUACAAUCAAGUCGCUGAUGAAUUCCAACAAUUUCAAGUUCUUAUGCAAAGAUUCAUGGAAAAUGAACCCUUUCAAGGACCCAGAGUCCAAAAUUAUGUCAAGAAUCGAUGCCUUCUUCGUAACCUUCUUCAAGUUCCAGUGAUUAAAGAGGAUUCUUCUAAGGACAAAAAGAAACCAAUACGAGGAGGCAAAGAUACGAUAACAAUUGAAAUGCUAUCUGUGAUCCUCCAGGAGUCAAUGAGGAUAUUCUGGGAGUUUGUUCGAGCUGAUAAGAAUGAAGCUACUGUGAUUUUAAAGGGCUUUUGGAGAACUCAUGUUGAACUACAGAACCCUUCUGAUUUGGAUCUUCUCACAGAACUCCGGACAAAUGUUCAAAAGAAGGAGAAGAAGCUCAAAGAAAUUUUAAGAAGUGGGAAUUGCAUAGUAAAGAUAUUUCAGAAGAGACAAGAAGACAGAACAAAGAGAUUCCAGACGAGGCAAGAAAACAGAUCAGACUUGAUAUUGUUCUUCUCUCAGGUUGAUAUGAAGUUGAUAUCUAGGGUUCUCAACAUGUCAAGAAUAACAAGUGAACAAUUGAUGUGGUGUGAUAAAAAAUUAAACAAAAUUAAUGUUGUAAAUAGGAAGAUUCACAGAGAACCCUCAUUUUUGUUAUUUCCAUGUUGAGGUUCUCUUUCUUUCUUUCACCCAUUAUGACAUAACCUUUCAUGUAUAGAUCCAUGGAAAUAAACAAUCCAAAAAAAAAAAAAUGU